AUUUCUGUGUCCGCGAGGUGCUCGUCGUGAGGCAGUCGCCAUUUUGAAACCCAAAUCGUUCACAGUACACCCGCCCUGAAACCUGGAACUAUGCCGCGGGGCCGGCCUCGCAAACUGAGGGAUAAAACCAACGACGGAACAGAGGGUAUAUCUGGAGCCAAGCAGGACAACAGCCAUGGGGAUUCCAAGGACAACAAGUGCACCGUCUGCUCCCAGAGCUUCACCACUGAGAGCCAGCUACAGAGGCACCAGCGCGACCAUGAGGCCAACGACAAGCUUCACCGGUGCGACCAGUGUGCUCAGACGUUUAACGUGGAGUUCAACCUCAUGCUCCACAAGUCCACACACGCCACCUUGAACCCCACCUGCCCGGUGUGCCACAAGAAGUUCUCCCGCGUGGCCAGUCUCAAGUCCCAUAUCAUGCUGCAUGAGAAGGAGGAGAAUCUGAUCUGUACAGAGUGUGGCGACGAGUUCAUUCUCCACAGUCAGCUCAUGCUGCAUCUGGAGGAGCAUCGCAAAGAGCUGUCUGGGGCCAAGGUGUACACCUGCAAGACCUGCAGCAAGGAGUUCAAGAUGGCGGGCCAGCUCAAGGAGCACACCAAGACCCACGUCAAGAUGAGGCCACUCAGUUCGAAUUCCAGAAACUACAAGAAGAAUAUUGAUCGGAGUGGAUUCACCAACAGCUGUCAGCACUGUGGCAAGACGUUUAAAAAGCCCAGCCAGCUUGUUCGACACACACGAAUACACACAGGCGAGCGGCCGUACAAGUGCAGCCACUGUAGCAAGGCCUUCAACCAGAAAGUGGUGCUGCAGACCCAUAUGGUGAGGCACACGGGAGAGAAGCCCCACCUCUGCAUCUUUUGCCCCGCUUCCUUCUCGCAGAAGGGCAACCUGCACUCACACGUCCAGAGAGUGCACUCUGAGCUUACGGGAGUACCACUGUUCCCGUGCAUGGACUGUAGCUGUGUGUUCAAAAAGCUGGGCAGUCUCAACGCUCACAUCAGCAAGAUGCACAUCUUGCUCAUCGAGGAAUCAGCCAACACACAGGAGGUAGAGGAGUCGGGUCAGGGAGUGGCGGGGUCAGAGGGCAGCGAGGUGGUGACUGACGUGAUCCAGCAGCUCCUAGAGCUGUCAGAGCAGGUGACAGGGGAGGGGACCCAGUCACAGACCCAAGAACAGACAAUCACCUUGGAGACAGCCAUCAACCAGGACAUCCUACAGCAAGCCCUGGAGAACAGUGGGUUGAGCGUGGUUCAGUCCCAGACCAACGGAGUGGCCAGACAGACUCAGAGCCAUGCCGCCGAGGGUGCUUUACCUGACAGCAAGAAGUUACCAGGCCAGGACAAAACCACCAAGAAGGAGAAGAAAAGUAUCUUCAGAAAACCUGUACAGAUGCCAGGCUCCAUCAGGGAGGAGAACGGCGUGCGGUGGCACAGCUGCCCUUACUGCAACAAGGAGUUCAAAAAGCCCAGCGACCUGGUGCGCCACAUCCGCAUCCAUACACACGAGAAGCCCUUCAAGUGCAAGCAGUGCUUUCGCGCCUUUGCCGUCAAGAGCACCCUCACUGCCCACAUGAAGACGCACACAGGCAUCAAGGCCUUCGAGUGCCAGUGCUGCAUGAAGUGCUUCUCCACGUCGGGAAGCAGGAAAGUCCACAUGCGCCUACAUACAGGUGUGCGUCCGUUCCCGUGCCCUCACUGUGACAAGAUCUUCCGUACAUCGGGCCACAGAAAAACACACAUCGCCUCCCACUUCAAGAGUCUGCAGCAGAAGAAGCACAAGUUCCCACGCAAAUCCCAUAAAACCAAGGUGUCCAAGAGCAACAUACCUCUGCCUGAUAUCCCCCUGCAAGAGCCCAUACUUAUCACGGACCUUGGUCUCAUCCAAUCCCAGAACCCUCGCCUGGCCUUUCAGACGUACCUGGAGAUGGUGGACAAUGAUCGGCCAUACAAGUGUCCCUGCUGUAACAAGGCCUAUAAGAAAUCCAGCCACCUCAAGCAGCACGUUAGGUCUCACACGGGAGAGAGGCCGUACAAGUGUGUCCAGUGCAGUAAGGGCUUUGCCUCCUCGGGGGUGCUGAAGGCUCACAUCCGGACCCACUCGGGCCUCAAGGCCUACAAGUGCCUAAUUUGUGACACCACAUUCACCACCAGCGGCAGCCUGCGCCGCCAUAUGACCACCCACAGCGACAUGCGGCCCUACAUGUGCCCUUACUGCCAGAAGACCUUCAAGUCCUCACCCAACUGCAGGAAGCACAUGAAGACCCACAGGUAUGAGUUGGCCCAGCAGCUCCACCAACAGCUGAACCCGGAGCCCUCGACGCUGGACGACCCCAUGGACGGCACCACCGUGACCCACAACCUGCAGGUGGAGCUGGAGGACGGCACCCUACAGCAGGAGGCUCCUCCCACGGUGGGCUCAGAGCAGCAGGGCAUGCUGGGACUGGACCAGGCGCAGGUGGUGGACGGUGGCCAACAGGUGUCGCUGGAGACCCAGCUAAGUGACCAGCCCCUGGGACAAGAAGAGGACACCUUUGUGACUACCCAGCAUGCUCUGCCUCAGAAUAUUAGCCACUUUGAGACGCAGACACUCCCACAGCCUGGCUUUGACCAGCAAGCACUUACUCAAGGUUUCACCAUCACCGCAGAGGGCUAUCCCCAAGCCCAGUUCUCUACUGUGCAGCAGCUACAGGACUCCAGCACACUGGAGUCUCAGGCCCUCUCCUCCAGCUACCACCCCCAGAACCUGCUCCAUGUGCCCAGCCAAGAGACAAGUGGCCUGCUCCAGGAGACUAGCCAAGGAGACCUCCAGCUGUCUGACCAGACGCAAGACUACCAAGACCCAGAAGACAGCGAGGACAACAGCAAGAGGGCUUACAGGUGCACCAUGUGUAAUAAACCUUUUAAGAAGUCCAGCCAUCUGAAGCAACACGUGCGCUCCCACACCGGAGAGAAACCCUACUGCUGCAACAUUUGUGGCCGAUGCUUCGUCUCAGCGGGGGUCCUCAAGUCCCACCUCAACACACACACAGGAGUGAAGGCCUAUAAGUGUAACAUGUGUGACACAUCCUUCACCACCAACGGCAGUCUGAACCGCCACAUGGUUGUCCACCUGAAGCCCUACAAGUGUCACAUGUGUGAGGACAGCUUCCGCAACAAUGUGCUGUAUAGGAAGCACUUGAAGAAGGACCACGCCGAAGUGGACAGAGGGCUGGAGGAUGAGGAUGGUGAGGAGGAAGAGGAGGGUGAGCAGACCAUGAUGAAAAGGAACCGGGCCAACAUCAUAACCUUCACCGAGGAGCAGGCGGAGGAGCUGGCCAAGAAUGACCCUGGUGACGAGGCGUCAGUGUCGGAGAAGGUGCUGGCCCAGUCGGCGGCGGAGCGCGACCGCAUCAGCGAGAUCAAGGACAAAGCGGUGGAGCUGGAGACUGAGCCUAAGUUCGCCAACUGCUGUAACUUCUGCCCCAAGAGCUUCAAGAAGCCCAGCGACCUCGUCAGACAUAUCCGGAUCCACACAGGAGAGCGUCCUUACAAGUGUGACGAGUGUGGGAAGAACUUCACCGUGAAGUCCACCCUGGACUGCCACAUAAAGACCCACACAGGUCAGAAGCUGUUCAACUGUCACAUGUGCAACACAUCCUUUUCCACCAAAGGGAGUCUGAAAGUCCACAUGCGUCUCCACACAGGCUCCAAGCCCUUCAAAUGCCCCUUCUGCGAGCUCCGCUUCCGCACCUCAGGCCACCGCAAGACCCACAUCCAGUGUCACUACCGGCCCAACUCAGAGGGUCGGAAGGCCAAGCGAGCGGCAUCAUCCAGAAGUAACCAGAACCAGCAGCACCCGGCUAACCCAGAGAUCCUCCACCCUGUGGGCCUGCUCCAGGCUACCACCACAGACCAUAACAUCUACCUCCCAGCCAACCAGGUCCUCACAGGCCAGUUUGACCAGAACUUGCUGCAGCAAGGCCUGGUGGGCCAGGCUAUCCUGCCUACCUCUAUGUCCGCGGGUGGUGACCUGACAGUGUCUCUGUCGGAGGGUCUGGCUACUCUGGAGGGCAUCCACCUCCAGCUCACCUCUGCCAACCUAGUGUGUCCCAACGUCCAGAUCUCUGGCAUCGACUCCAGCAACAUCAACAACAUCACACUGCAGAUUGACCCAGCCAUCCUCCAGCAGGGAGGUCUCCUCUCCCACGCCCUGACAGGAGACGGAAGCCUGACCAGCCACCCUGGUGCCCACCUCAUGGCCACGGGAGACCCCUCGGCGUCCAGCUCCAAUGUGGUCCUGCACCCGCUCACCAGCCUGGCUCUGCACCCCCCCGCUAUCGGCCCCGGCCACAUCACCAUGGGUAGCCUUGGCGAGCACGACAUCACAGGUUCUCAUCAGGACCUGAGCCAUGUGAUGAAUGCUCCAGGCCUGGUGUCCAGUGGGGCUCAUGGUGCUCAGGAGAUCACCCUGACCAUCAACAACUCCAGCCUCACCCAGGCUCUAGCUCAUGUCCAGGCCCAGGCCAACGCUGCUGCUGGGGGCAACACUGCUGCAGGCAACCACCCCCAGGAGAUCACACUCACCAUAUCAGGUCAAGACCUCCUCCAGCAGCACGGCACCCAUGGUGGCGGAGAGAUGAUUGGCGGGAUCAGGCUGGCAUCCCACCAAACCACAGGUGCCACCCUCACCAUUGGCAAUGACCACCUUCUACCUCAGAGCAACGCGGGCAUGACUGUCACCAGCCUGCCGCCUAGCACCUCCCUAUCGCAGACUGCUGGCUCCCAGAGCCUGGUGAUGUCAUCAUCGAGCAUGGCCAGCGACGGCAGCGUGACUCUCACACUGGCAGACACACAGGGUAUGCUGGACGCUCAACCUCAAUUCACGCUCAACUUCAACGCACAGAGUCAGCAGUACCAAACUGUGCUCAGUGACCAGGAUCUCUCAGGACAACAGGCCACCCAGCAGGUCAUACUGAUCAGUCAUCACCCCCAGGUCACUGAGGGACAACCUGACAAUGUAUACAGGCUAUCAGAGGAGGGCCAGGCGGUGGGGAAGGAGGACCAGGGGCAUAACCAGAAGCAGAACCAGUGUUUCUACUGCGAUCAGGUGUGUCAGAGUGCCAACACGCUGCGACGCCACUGCAGGCAGGCCCACGGCAAGGACCGGUGCCACGUCUGCAGAGUGUGUGGCAAGGCCUUCAAAAGAGCUACUCACUUAAAGGAUCACGAGCGUGUCCACCAGCGAGGACCCUCACUGGGCUCCCAAAGGCCCAAGUUCUUCAAAUGCUCCUCCUGUGAUAAAGCCUUCGCCAAGCCCAGCCAACUAGAGAGACACAACCGCACACACACAGGUGAGCGCCCCUUUAAGUGUUCCCAGUGUGACAAGGCCUUCAACCAAAAGAGUGCCCUACAGGUACACACGGUCAAACACACAGGGGAGAAGCCCUACAAGUGUGAAAUCUGCAGCAUCAGCUUCACACAGAAGAGCAACAUGAAGCUGCACAUGAAGAGGUCGCACGGCUGCGUCUUUCUCUUGGACACAGGUCUCGAUCGGACCCAGGAGAUGACUUUGGAGCAGGGGACAGGGACUGAAGUGGAUGUCCCUCCUGAGUUGAAUGACAUGGAAGAGGUUGUCCAGGAGUCUUCUGGAGACUGGCACUGUGGCAUUCCCAAUGUCUUCCCUUAGAUCCCAACUCAGAAUUUAAUUUACUAUCCCUGUUCAUCCCAGCAUAGACUCUUUACCAGGAGUCUGCACUGAUGAUACAAAGCACUGAUUUUACUACUAAGUAGGUGUGGAAAAACAGCACUCAGAUCACCCCCCCACCACCACCAACAGCUUUUUAAUUGAGUUGGACAGUUCUGCACUUUUUCUAAAGCAUACCCACGGAGAUGUUGCCAAUCGAAAACAGAAAGCGUGUGCGGCUGUACCUACACACAUUGGCUUAGCAGCAGCUAUUUCUGCCUUUUUCUCUUGUCCUCAGAUAUGCAUUAAAGGGGCAAUCUGUGAUUGCUACAAAAUUUAAUUAAAAUAAAUAAGCAAUUGUAAAGAAACAUUUUAUGGUUAACUAUCCUUUUGAUAUCAUGGUUGUUUCGUCCUGGCAUCCAUAGCUCUGUUUCAUGAAUUUGAGAGUGGUUACAUUUUUCCUGCCCCAUCCCUCAGCUAUUUACCAGAUCAAUGGCGGGGUGCCCUCUUUUGUUAUUGUUUGAACUGCGGAUUGUCCCUUUAAAGGCAGAGAACUGGUACUUAAAUUGCUGAAUCAGCCUGCGCUCUGAAUCUCAUUAGUAAGAGUCCCUUAUGAGACGUUUUAGUCAAUAAGCCAUUUGGUAAUCAAGACGCUGACCUCCCAGUACAGUUCACCGGUCGGGGCUGUAGCAAGCUGAGGUAGGCUACCGGCGGUUUGUUCCUAGACUGUUGUUUACUCUGUUUGCCAAUAAGAGGAGUAAACACUAUAGAUCUACAUGGCUGCACUGUCAGUCCUGCGGUACUGGUUCAUGUCUCCCUGUAGAGUAGUAUAACCACUCACAAGCCCCAUCCACAAACAGAUCCUACCCUCUCUAGGCACCCCUGUAGAUCCGCAGUCCAUAAGUCAAUCAAUAUAAUGUUUUUUUUUAUGCCUUUUUUUUUACGUCAGCAGUCGUCAGUCACAAACUGCUUCAUAUUACCUAUUACAUACUAGGUAUAAGCAAUAGUGUGAGAACUUCACCUUGCCCGCUGAAAGGCUGGAUGAAACGUUAGUCUUAUUGCUUAUUCCUAUCCAAUCAUUUCAGAUCUACACUUAGCAUAUAACGGGCAACUCCAUCUCUCCCGUGCUCCUGGGGCUGCUCCAUUAACUGUUUGACAAUUGAGCUGUGCUUUAACAGGCACACACAUUGGAGUGCAGUUUACCAGAAAAAUCUAUUUCUUUUUAAAUUCACAUGAUUUUUUUUGCAUAUUUCUCCUAUACCCUUUUCUAAAAGGCAAGCUAAAGGGUUUGUUUUUGGUGAAUUUUUUGGCCAUAAAGUUAAAGGUAGCCUUGAAUGGUGAGACUAUAAAGUGCUACGGGUCAUUCAUAUGGAUCAGACCUGGGUUCAAAUACGCUACUCUUUGAAAUCAUUCGCUUUAGUCUGCCUGGAGUGCCAGAUGGGUGGGUUUGCAGAAUGCAAUUUUGCACAUGACUACUCUAUAGGUUUCAUUGUGCCUGGCAAGCUCGAUCAAGCAUAAUGAUUUUGAAUAGUAUUUAAACCUUGGUUUUGGUGUGGAUUUGAUCCCUCUCUUCUUAAAUGUUAUGCCUGUAAUUUUGACAAUGAUGAUGACCUGUGAUACCACUGUUAUUGGCUGCUGUAUGAGGGCUUCAGGGGUUGACUCUCCACAUUCACAAUGUGUUGCAUUAAAUUGUAAUUUAGUUGUAAGCUUAUGCACAGCCAUUUUGUAAUCUAUUUUAUUUUGCAAUGUAAAUAGUGUAUGAAAGAUUGCAUAUAUUUUUGGAUUCCGUAUCAAAUUGGUUGUGAACAAUACAUUUUUUGUCAAUUGCUGAACCAGUUUACAGACUAUAAGCUGUUAAGUGUUUUUGUUAUUUUGUAAUGUUAAAGUAUUUAAUUAAUAAAACCAUUCAUUUUUUUACAGA